CCUUUACCUCUGAAUAUGGCAGGGAACCUCGCGUUUCAGUCAGAGCGCGCCUCGCUGUUCUCGCGAGAUGUGGAAGUCAUCCGUGGACGCCUGCUGGCAUGUCAAAAUCACCCGGGAAAGUUCCACUCUGACCCUUCACAACAGAGCGACUUUGUAGCAGGUUUUGCGCUGAAAUCGUCCGUGCUUUUUGUCCACAAAAUGCCCGCCACUUCAGAAAUCCACGCAGAGCAGCAGCUGCACGCGGAGGACGGCUGUAAGAAGAAGGAAGAGAGUCUGGCUGCGGAGAAGAAGACGUUUGGUGUUCUCUGCGAUGAACGCGGGUACCUGGAUCAGAUCGAGUACAUCAUGCAGCACGGCCGCAGGAAGGGAGACCGAACCGGGACAGGAGUCAUCUCUGUGUUCGGUGCUCAGGCCAGAUACAGUCUGCGAGACCAGUUUCCCUUGCUGACAACCAAGAGAGUGUUCUGGAAGGGGAUCCUUGAAGAGUUGCUGUGGUUUAUUAAGGGAUCAACAAAUGCCAAGGAGCUCUCAGCGAAAGGGGUGAAGAUUUGGGAUGCCAACGGGUCCCGGGAUUUCCUGGACAACCUUGGGUUCACGGACAGAGAGGAGGGCGACCUGGGACCUGUGUACGGUUUCCAGUGGAGGCACUUCGGGGCAGAGUACACAAACAUGCAUGCAGAUUACACAGGACAAGGUGUUGACCAGCUGCAGAAAGUCAUUGACACCAUCAAAAAGAAUCCAGAAGACAGACGGAUCAUCAUGUGCGCUUGGAACGCCAAAGACCUGCCCCUCAUGGCUCUGCCCCCCUGCCACGCCCUCUGCCAGUUCUACGUGUGUGAUGGUGAGCUGUCGUGUCAGCUGUACCAGCGGUCGGGCGACAUGGGUCUGGGAGUGCCUUUCAAUAUCGCCAGCUACGCACUUCUUACCUACAUGAUCGCCCACAUCACAGGCCUCAAGCCUGGUGACUUUGUUCACACCCUGGGGGAUGCUCACAUCUACAUCAACCACAUUGAACCUCUCAAAGUACAGCUCCAGAGGGAGAUCCGGCCCUUCCCCAAGCUGAAGAUCCUGAGGAAGGUGGAGAACAUUGAUGAUUUCCACGCAGAGGACUUUGAGAUUUGUGACUACAACCCCCAUCCCACCAUUAAGAUGCAGAUGGCUGUGUAACCGUCCCAAUGUAAAGACAAUUAGGGAUGAAUAUGGUGCAUGCUGGUAUUUAUAGUAUGUCUGCUUGACUUUCAUUUUUAUUAACAAGAUCAUACAUACAUUUUACUGGAAAAAGAGGCGAGUGGGUAAAUUUUUUGUUUCAUUUUGGUGAACUAAGCCUUUAAAAACAAAUCUGUACUUGGGUUUUCUAUAGCUGAAUUGAUCUUGUUUGAAAAUGUGUUCUUUUGCUUAUUUUAAAUGUAAUUAAUCUGUUUCUGUAAAUAAAGAUGUUAGAUUUGUUGUCA